UUAAAUUGAAAUGCUGGUAAAAUGGGUAAAUCAUUGUAUUUCUAAGGCACUUCAGAUCAUGCAUUUAUGGAUUUCCAUUUAUUUCCAUUCGAAGUUUUUCUCUUAACCUUCUUUCAAUCGUCAAACCCCGUCUGCAUCUUGUCGUCAACCAACCUAUUAACAACAUGGCGGAGCAAGCUUAACAUAAACUCAUUGUCAGAAUAAACAAGGCGCAUCCAGAUAAUUUGACAAAGAUAAGGGCUUCAUCAUGCCGGGAAGAGAGUUACAGCCCAGUAACAAAAAUGGAACAGGUUCUUUUAAAUUUGGAACAAAUCGACAAGUGGAGCUCACCCUUCGCAAAGAGCUGGAUGACAUGGCAAAAAAGUCUCUGAAUGAAAUAGCUGUUAAAAGAGAAGAAAGACUUAAACUUCCACAAAGUGAAGAAACUGUCACAACAAAGAGACUCCAACCGUCAUUUGAACCAGAAAGACGCAAAGAAAAAAGGAAAACAGAGCCUGUAUUCCAUGAUGACAUUCUCGCAAAAGCAGCCAAAAAAGACCCAAAGUUUAUUUUAAAACCGGUGACAGAGCCUCCCUAUAACCCUCUUGACAAAUCUCAUAAUGUGGACCCCAAAAUCGCCAGAGUACACUCACGAAAACUGCCUUUCUGCAAAGAAACAGUUACCACAGAGGACAUGAAGAAACCAAAAUUGUCCUCUGUAGGAAUCAUACCAACUAGGUCUAGUGUCAAUGUUCCUGGUCUUAAGGUGGUUAUGGAAGGAAAGCCUGCCCUAACAUCAGAGGAUUCGGCCCUGGAACAAAUGAUGCAGGUUAACUCUCCGGCCAAUAAGAUGCGAGCUUUCACCCCAUUGACACCAGAACAGGAAACUCCCACGGAGACACCAGUCCAGACAGAGAGGGAGGAGGAAGUCGACGAUAGUGAGGAGACAGGGAAAAAGCCGGCCAUACUGAUGUCUGAGGGGACACUACAGAGGGUGGCCUUCAAAGAGAGGCCCAAACCCUCCAUCCCAUUCUCCUCUCUAAAAAGGACUCACAGGAGAGUUGUAGAAAGUGCUCUCAGUGUGGCUACCUCCCUAAAAAGUGAAAACAACCUGCUACCAGAUGAGAAUGUUUACAGUCGCUAUGACGAAGCUAUUGCAGGAAUUGACGAUGAUCUUCAGACAGCUGUCAGUCAUCAGGAAUCAAAAGAAGAGGGAGGCAGGGCUACCAGUGCUGUGUCGGCAAAAUCAACAAAAGAUCUAUUGGAGGAGGCCAAAAAAAUUACUAAGCCUGGGGCAGAGCCAAUGUGGAAAUUACAGGGCAAAAAAUCUCCACGGAAAAAGGACGGGAAAAAAGACACAAAGAAAGACAAGAAAGCUCAAGAAAAAUUGAAAAGUAAAGAGAAGGAGGAGGAGACAGAUGGGAAGCCCCGCCCACGAUCUGAACGCUCGGUAGACGAGAUCAUCGCAUCACUGAGAGCUCAGAGUUCAGGAGCUCGCACUCAGGUGUCUGAUGCUGACAGAAAAAUCCAGGAAAUAAUGGACCGAGUGAUGUCCAGGGCCAGCGCUGUACUCAGUGAUGGUAGUGAUGCACUGGAUUCCAAGAGAGAUUCCGAUUCGGAGGCCUCCCACACCCCAUUCCCAGAUGGCGCUUCACAGAGUGAUCAGGAUGAGAAGAAAGAGAUUGACGUCCCCGCUGAUAUUCCCGAGGAUGAGGAGCAGGAGGAGGGGGAAGGUUUGCAGCUUGAGGAGGGGGACAAAAUACCUCCCAGUGAGGACCUGACCUCAGAGGCCAAGACAGGAGAGGAGGAAACAAUAAUACCUGCUGUCCCUGAGCCCCAGUCCCUGCCAGCAGAGGUUCCCUCCCUACAGCUGGCUGAUGUGGGAGGAGCUGAGGAUGAGUCCUCGUCUGAGGAGGGUGAGGAGGAGGAGGUGAUAGACAUUAAACAGGCCUGGGAGGACCUCAUGGCCCCUCCUGAGGUGACCUGUGAAGAUAUCAUCAGUGUCCAGGGGAAAAACGUGGACCUGGUCAACAGACAGCCAGCCCAGGGUCCAGUGACUAACAACAUCACAGUGUACUCCAAUGCUGUGUCCUUCCUCUCCACCUGGAAACCUAUUACUCCAUCCAAAUACCAACUACCUGAGAUAGAGGAGCAGGAGAAGAAACCAGCCAAGCAUGUCCAUCAUUUCUGUACUGUGAAUAAUGAUUACCAGCUUCCUGAUGAGUAUAAACAUCUGGGAAGGAAGUACCACACUCCCAGCAAGUUUGAUUCAGCUCAGCUACCAGCCAGGUACAUAGGUGGCCCUCAGCCAGUGGAGGAGCAGGAGGAUGUGGCAUCAGAGUACUCUAGUUCUACAGCUGUACAGGAAGCUGAGGAGCGGAGACUGACAAUGGCGGCACGACGAGUCCUCGAGGAGUCCAAGGACACAGAGGAAACUCUGGAGGCCUGGCAACAGAGGGCAAAUGAAGUGUUUAAUUCUGUUCCUGUGUCAGUGGAAGGAACAAAAAUAUCAGUUAAAUCUGACGAGUCUCGCUUGUACUGGACACCCGCUCCCCCAAAGUUUGAUGUCCAGCCAGCAAAGGUUAAGGACAUUUUGUUUCCAGACUAUCAGCCGGCAUCGCUGGGACUGGAUGAUCAGGAAGUAGCGGCCACGCGACAACAGGAGGAGAUGGAAGAGAGCUCAGAAGAGGAGGAAGAAAUGGAGGUCGUGGACUCAGCUGAGGAGAGAUAUCAGGAGUUAUACAGACUCCUGAAUUUCAAGAGUACCUCUAUGGAGGACCUCUCUGACUUUGCAAAAGCUGCAAAACAAAGAGAGGAUGACAUCAAAGAUGGAAAGAUAUUCCCUUACGAAAGCAGGAAACUGUUAAAAGAAGAAAUAGAGAAACUGGAGAAAGCUGCUCCCCCACCCCUCCCUGCUGACCCAGAGCCCAGAGAGCCGACUCCUGUUGUCACCAGAACAACUGAGAUGACAGACAGUGAGAUCUUCCCUGUGUUUGUACCACUCAGGAGAAGCACGUCUGACGUGGGUCUGGCCAGGAGACUGGACGACACCUUACUGGUUCCUCAGGAUUAUAACACUGCCAUGGAGGAGAUUUCCAAUCAGAAAACUCAUGUGAGGCAAAUGAAAUUAAACAAGAAAUUGCUGGAAGCCAAGGAAAGAGAAGAGGAGAAGAGACAACAAAUCCAGAUGCAGCUAGAAAGAUUGGCAGCUGAGAGGGAAGAGACAUUUAAAGAAGAACCAAAAAAGAAAGAUGAGCCUACACCAGCAGAGCUUGCCCUUCAGGCAGGGAGGGCAUAUGUAAUCCUUCCUAAAAAGAGCAAGAAGAAGUCUAAGAGGAAGGGUCCUGUCACCAUGGAGAGAUUGGAACAGAUUGAGAGAUUUCUCCGAGCCCCUCCCAAACCUAUCCAGCGCUCUAACUCAAUGAUAAAAAUGGCUCCUCCCUUAGAGAGGGAAUUAAGGGUUCCUUCGAAAGUACGACUAGGUUCAAGAUUGAGCUUGCCAAAUCUCUUGGAUUUUGACACAUUUGCAAAGGGCAGAAAAAUGCCUCAGGAUACAGACCAGCGUGAGUGGGUCCGCGAUAUCUGGAACAUGUGGUUUGACCAGGUGUUCCCCCCCACGCCCUCCGAGUCAGAGGAGGAGGAAGUGGACUACACCCAGGACGAGGUGGUGUCCCCCACACGGGAGGAGAAGGAAAAGGAGAAAAAGAGAAAGGAUUCACUGAGCAGUUAUAUCUCUGAUGCCUUAAGUGAGAUUGAGCCUUUAGAUGACUCUGAGCAAAAUAUAGAACUUCAUCAGAUCAUACAUGAGGAGAUAGAAAAAUUAACUUCUCUGAUCGCUCAGGGAAAACCCAAAGCUUUUGAUCUUUGUAGAAGGGGAGCAUUGUAUAGAAAGGUUGGGAUGAUAAAAGCAGCUCAGAUUGACCUUGACCUGGCCAUCAAAAUGGAGCCUCUACUCCUGGAUGCCUACUGGCAUAGGCACCUGCUGUAUUUACUGAGAGACCAAAAACAACAGGCCAAAGCUGAUCUGACCUUCAUCCUCAAGUACAACACCAGACAUGGAGGGGCCUAUAGAUCUAUGGCUGAGAUUUUGAGAAAGGAGAAUAACCCUAACGAUGCAAUCAUUAAUUACUCCAUGGCAAUCAAACUGAACCCUGGCGAUCAUGAAGCCUAUUUCCAGAGAGCUGCCAUGUAUGAAAAGACUGAUAAAAUGCCCUUGGCUCUGGAUGACUACAUGAUGUGUAAGAGGAUCCUACCCACCAGAACUGAUGCCAUAUUAAAGCAUGCCAUGUACUACUUCCAACAGAAAAACUGGAAUACAGCCAUUCAGGAUUUCACUGACCUACUUAAGGUGGACCCCCUGAACUCGAUGGCUCGUAUGUAUCGAGGUCGGGCCCUGGCAGAACAGAAACAGUGGAACGCGGCGGUGGAGGAUCUGUCAGCAGCGAUCCACCUCAACCCCCAGAGCUGGCAGGCCUUCUUCUACAGAGCCUGUAUACUCAGAAAGGCGCAUCCCAAACAGGCUCUACAUGACUACAGUGUCUCUCUCCUGAUCAAUGACACGGACGAUAAUGUCAUGUCCUACCUACACCGGGGCAUUCUGUAUAACGCCAUGAACAGAUUUGAAGAUGCCAUCCCAGAUUUUGAAAGUGUGCUUAAACUUAACAAGGACAUUGCAUGUGCUCAUGUGAACCUAGGACUUAUUUACAUGAACCAUUAUGAGAAUUAUCACAGAGGCAUAAAGAAGUUUACAGCUGGUAUCAAGGUGGAUCCCACAUAUGUGAGGGCAUAUGUCUGCCGGGGGGAGGCAUACCACAAAAUCCACGAUUUGAAGGCUGCUUUGAAGGACUUCACCAGAGCCAUUCAUCUCCGUCCAGAUGUCCACCAUUACUACAUGUACAGGGGACAACUUGUUCUAGAGCUUGGGAACUUAGAGUUAGCAGCUUUCUGUGUGAGGAUGUUUGAUGUAGGCAGAGAAACCAAACAAGAGAAGCCACGACAUGCUUCAGAGAUGAGCUCUAACGCAUCACUGGGAGAGAUGCCGACACAACAAGCCGUGGUCCAGUCCUUCCUCAAGAAUUACGACAAGGCUAUAGAGGCCCUGACUGCAGCCACAAAAGUCAAACCUGUCCCCCCGCUGUUCAUGCUCCUGGGUAAGACACAGAUGCAGGCUAAGGUGUUCAAGGAUGCUAUUACCAGUUUCGACAGGGCCUUGCAACUCUACCAAGAUAGCUAUGGGAAACCAUGGCGACGUGAACCUUGGCCUGUUGAAGCCUCAGAAUGUCAUUUCCUGAUUGGCAUGUGUCACAUCGAACUGAAGAGUUACCACGAAGCUAAGGAUGCCUUCACCUCAGCUGUCAAGAUCAACCCUAACUAUGCACAGGCUCUGUACCAGAGAGGAGUGGCUAAGAUGAAACUGAGUAGUCGAGGUUUGAGUCGGGAGGGAAUCCAAGAUUUCAAUCGAGCUCUGGCUAUUAAUCCCAGAAUAUUCCAGGCCUAUCUCAGCAGAGCAUGUUAUUAUGGAAUGAAAAAAAAUUACACUAAAGCCAUUCUGAACUGUAACGAAGCAGCAAAACUCCAACCACGAAGUGUACGCUCCUAUUUGUACAGAGGGGCUCUCAAGUAUCACAUCAAGGCAUAUGACCUUGCCAUCCGUGACCUUGACAUUGCUAUUGGAAUUGACAGUACAUGUGACCUUGCAUUUUUCAACCGAGCUGUCUGCUACCAGGAAAAGAAGAAUUAUCACAAGUCACUGAAAGACUACGGCAUUGUCCUCUUACUUGGAGAUGAUGACAGACUGAAGACAAGGGUGUUGAUCAACAGAGGAUUGCUGUACUUCUCACAGAAAGACUACACCAAUGCCUUGUAUGACUUCAAAAUGGCUGCCAAACUAGACCCACAAAACUACAGGAUUCUACACACACUGGGUCUUUGUUAUCACAAGAUGGAUCGACUGAAGGAGGCAGUGGGAGUGUUCACUUCCUGUUUGGAGAGGAACCCAUUCUUUGUGGAGGGGAUCAUCGCUCGUGGUAAUGUGUACAUGGAUUAUGGUUCACCAAGAGGAAUUAUUUAUGCAAGACGGGACUAUGAGCGAGUUCUGAUGCAGAAUCCUCUCCACCUUCCGGCUCGAGUUAAUUUGGCGUACACGUUACAAGUGUCAGGAAAAUUCAUGCAUGCCUGGAGACAGUUCACAGCAGCAAUCGAGAUCAAUCCUAGAUUUAAACCAGCCCUAGAAGGUCGAUCCAUAGUGAACCUACAGAUGAGCAAUACGUUUGCAGCCUUCCAGGACAUCUGUGAGUCCAUCAGAGUGGCUCCUACUGCAGAACUGCUGACCAAUAGAGGGGUCAUUAACCAGUUCAUGAAGGAUCGAGUGAAUGCAAUGAAGGAUUACCAGAGUGCUAUCAGAAUGGACCCCACCUACUCCCUGGCUUACUUCAACGCUGCUAACGUCUACUUCCACACCAGGCACUUCAAACAGGCUCUGAACUACUACAACAGUGCUGUAGAUCACAAUCCUGCUGAUGAGUCUGCCCUCCUGAACAGAGCCAUCACAAAAGUGAUGAUGCGGGAUUCCCCGGGUGCUCUAGGGGACUUUAAGGCAGCCAUUAAACUCAGUCCACACACAGCUCACAUGUACUUCAACAGAGGGAACCUGUAUGCUUCAAUGGAGCAGUUCGAUCAAGCAGAAAAGGAUUACUCUAAAGCUCUUUCUCUGAAACCUGAUGACCCACUGGUGCUGAAGAGAAGAGCAGACGUUUUGGGCAAACUGGGAAAACGAGACGAAGCCAUUCAGGAUUACAAGCGAGCUGUGGAAAUUCAGAGUCACCUGACAGGAAACUAACUCAAAAAAAAAUGUUAAUGGAGUGCAGGCUGAUAAAAGCCGAAACAGGACACUUGUAACUAUGCUCUCAUCAUGAAAGGAAAAGAAACAUUUAUUGAAUGUGACCUAAAAGCAUUUUAUAUUCUAUUUUGAGCAUUCUACAGAAUUUGACUGACAUUUGUAGAGGUAAUGCAUGAUCCGUCCACUUGAUAGAGAUCUCAACUCAAUAAUCUGUGAUAACAAUUGUGCUUAUUUUAUUCCAGGCAUUUUUAAAAUGUGAUAUUGUUUUCUACAUUAUUUAUAUGUUAACUAAAUGUAUGGUUGUACUUUGCUUGGUUGCCAAGAAUAAAAGACAUUUGAUAAA